CCGGCAUCUAAACAGCAGCCCGAAUUCCAUAGAUUGAGUGCAGUAAAACAUGGCUUCCAAUCAUGAAUGGACGCGUCCGUUGACAACCAGCGAAUUGUUGGUAGAAAUUGAAAACAUCGAAAAUUCCGAAGAUCUUCCCGAUGGAAUUAUUAUUACUCCACCAGACGAUUUUUCCGACAACACGGACUGCGACUCUGGAGACGAAGAUUCCAAUGACCCGGACCACUUGAACAGAAAUCAACUUUCUGCUCAAGCUGAAUAUUACUUCAUGGACAACGAAAGGAGAUCACAAAAUGAAACAGUGAUUGAGGGGGUUGCUGGUAUUGAGUGAGAUGAAGAAGACAAUUUGCCGCUCGCAUAUUUUGCAACUCACUCUGUAUAUGAAAAAUGUAUGUGGAUGAAAGGCGACCUACAGAGUGAUAAUACGGAAACAUUUUCAAAUUUUCCACCUCCACUUACACUGACAUCGGAGAGUUCGCCUCUCCAAUUUUUUCAACUAUUUUUGUCACCCGAUAUUCUAACAGAUCUUGUAAAACACAGCGUUGUAUAUGCUUCUAAAAAGAACAAGCUGAACUUUGAACUUUGUUUGGACGA